CAUCCGGGUCACUGAGUAGGUUAGCUUCAUGUUAGCAUGCUCUUAGCUUGCUGUCAAGCUAACUCAAGUUCACUCUGGACGAUUCUGCUUUCUGUUUCCAUUUUCCUCUUUCUAUAAGAAACACUCGUUAGUCGCGAUGAGCGUCAUGAUCAAACCAAUAUUUCUGAGCAGGUUGAACUCUCAGGUUCUGUCCUGCACCAGAAGAUCAUCUUUUCUCUCAGGCUGCUUUCAGCCUCGUUCAGCUCACGCUCCCAUCCUGCAGAACUGUUGUGAAACCCUCACGCCCAAAAUCAUGCCUUUGGUCAGAUACUCAGACCUAUCCACACAGAAGUACUCUAUGAUUUACACCCUGCCACACAUUAAGCUCCUCAGAGCUAUAUCCAGGCUCAAGCUGCUUCAGACUGCAAUCACUGUGGUCGUCUUGCCCCCAGUCUACCUCUUCUGCUUCCAAGGAAAUGCCUCCUUCUUUCUAGUCAGCUACGCAACUGGAAUUGCGCUUUUUGCAGGUGUCAUGCUCUACGUGGCCAGUCACUUCUUUAGAAGGGUUGUGGGAAUGAUGUACCUGGAUUCAUCCCAGACCACACUUAAAGUUUCUCACCUCACCUUCUGGGGCAAGCGUCAAGACAUCUACCUUCGCGUGUCAGACGUUAUGACCAUCGGGGAUACUGGAGACUCUGCAACUGAGACUAUACUGAAACUCAAGAGGUACAGCAGCCCAGAGACAUUUUAUUUCUCCACUCAUUUUGGACGGGUAAUGGACAAACAAGGCUUUGAAAAGGUCUUUGGAAGUUUAAAAUAAUGACUUGCUUCAGAGACAGAACAGAGUGACUUGACUAAAGUAUUCUGAUGAGAAUGGAAUAAAUGUACAAAGGAUGUAUAUUUAUUGCAUUGGAAAUUAUUAAAAUAAUUAAAAUUACAAAUUUGAAAAUUCUUGUGGGUACAAUUUCAAAGAUCUUGUCAGUCUUGGAAGUUUUAAAACAUCUGUGCGUAGGAUUUUUUUUUAUUUCCAUCUCAAUAAAGCUUCAGCAGAGUCUCCUUGAA